UCCAAGCCAAAGCCAUAACUCAACCAUGAAGAAGCUCAACAGGAAAGGCAAAGUGCACCCAUCGCCCGCACCAUUACCAACCAUCUCUGACCAGCACUUAACGUUACUCCCGGCAACAAUCCUAAUCCUAGCUGCAACUCUUUCGCCUGAAGACAAACAAGUCUUGGCAUAUCUCCUCUCAUGCUCUGGCUGCACUAACGCCACCACUGCUGAUAACUUUAACAAAACUACCCAGAAAAGUAGUGUUCGUGUUGAUGGUGGUGGCGGUGACCAUGUGCCUAUAUUUGAAUGCAACUGUUUUAGGUGUUACAUGAGUUUUUGGGCUCGCUGGGACACGUCACCAAACCGUCAACUUAUUCAUGAGAUUAUCGAGGCCUAUGAGGAAGGAUUGGUUAAAGAGAAGAAGACUCUGAAAAAGAAGAAGAGGGGGAAUUCAAGGAAGAAAGUUUCUGAUGAGUCAAAAGAUGGUGACAAGGACGAGUUGGGAAAUUCAGGCUCGUCAGUGGAAAUGAGUUGUGGUUGUGGGGCUGAUGCCGCCGCCGCCUCAGAGGACCUUGAUCUGGUUGGUGGUGGUGAAGAUGGUGAUAAGGUAGAUUUGGAGAAAGGGUCUUUGAGAAAGAUUGUGAGCUUCCUCGGAGAAAGAAUUCUGGGAUUUUGGGCAUAGGAAUUAGAUUAAUUUUCUCUGCAAGAGAGAAAAUUGUGUUUUGUUCACUCUAUAUUUCCUUCCUCUUUUCCCAUUUGUACAAUAUUAUUAUCAGCAAUUUUCUUAAGCUAGAUUAUUUGUUCUAUGGGUCAUUUGAUUUUCUCCAUUUUUCCCAGGUAUCAAACUUUUGAUCAGUAGUCUGAUCAAUAUAUCUGGUUCGUAUGUAUGUAAAUUUUUGCUAUCGGUUUUUGCCUUGUGUAUAACAUUUCUUAUUCGUUCGGGAUUGAAUGUGGAGCCUGCUGUAUGGAAUAUAAGUUUGAAAGUGUCAAAGUCAACAU